GCACACCCUGCCUCUCAGGCCCUGUCCUCGGAUUCUCCUAGCCUCUGCGCAGUACUGUGGUCAUCCGAACCAUGCUCCACUAAGCUUGUGUUUUUUUUUUCUUUGGCCCCUGCCCGUCCAAGCUCCCUCCCAGCAGCCUAGGGCGAGGACAUUCAAAUUGCACCGACGUCCCAGUCGAGGUGGGCUAUUGGUAGGUGGGGUGGGUGACUUGUAGAAUACGUCCCACCCUCAAUUGACUCUUUUGUGAAAUAUAUAUAUACAUAUCCAUUGGCCAGGCUGGACCAUCCCCUCGGUGACCUGUCCUAUUGAUCAAUUGCUUCCAUCUUGUCAUUGCUUCGAGCUUCCGUCUCGACUCAGUCGGUCCAGUUACGUCAUAUACCGGACAUAGCUACGAUAACUCAUACACAAUUCAACCAUCAUAUAUUCGCCCGAGGCACAUCUCACCCACCAGUAUAUCCCCCCAUAUCGGGGCAUCUGUCUCGACCUCAAGACAGGACACUUAACUCGUCUACACCAUGGCUGAGAACCAGCGCUGGGAGGAUGACCUCGACCGCCGCAUCAGCGCCGCCGAGGUCGACGCCGCCAACUACAACGGCCGUGCCUCUCACGAGAUCGAGCGUGUCCUGAGUGCCUCCUCCGUCUCUACCUCCUCCAAUGGCUCCGUACGGGGCCGCCCGAUCACCGCUGGUGGCAUGAGCAGGGUCUCCACACAGCGCGACCUGGAGCGCCAUCCCACAGAGCUCGACCGCAUCCAGACAGCCAGGAGCCAGCACAGUAAUACUGUCGGCGCCGGCCUGGGCAAGAGCAACACCCACACUCGCGACUCGAGGCGGCCCAUGCCCCCGAUGGGUGCUGGCAAGAGCUUGCCCGCACCGCUGGACAACGACGACUAUGUCGUCGAGUUUGACGGGCCCGACGACCCCCUCCACGCCCAGAACUGGCCAUUGAACAAGAAGAUCCUCACCGCAGCAAUGCUCGGCUUCACCACCCUCACAUCCGCCUUCACCUCCAGUAUCUUCUCCGCCGGCACCCGCGCCAUCGCCGCCGAGUUCAACGUGUCCACCGAGGUGGGCAUCCUCGGCGUCUCCUUCUACGUCCUCGGUUUCGCCUUUGGUCCCACCCUGUGGGCGCCCCUCUCCGAGCUCAAGGGCCGUCGCCUGCCGCUCGUCCUGGCCAUGUUCGGCUUCUCCAUCUUCACCAUCGCCACUGCCGUCGCCAAGGACCUCCAGACCGUCCUCAUCUGCCGUUUCUUCGCCGGCUUCUUCGGUGCCUGCCCGCUUGCUGUCGUCGCCGCUGUCUUCUCGGACAUGUUCAACAAUGCCACCCGAGGUAUCGCCAUCACCAUCUUCUCCAUGGCCGUCUUCACCGGCCCAUUGCUCGCCCCCUUCAUCGGCGGUUUCAUCGUCGAGAGCUACCUCGGCUGGAGGUGGACAAUGUACAUCACCAGCUUCAUGGGCUUUGCCAGCUUUGGCCUGGACCUCCUGUUCCUUGAGGAGACCUACCCGCCGCAGAUCCUGGUCUCAAAGGCUGCUGAGCUGCGCCGCAGGACCCAGAACCACUUUAUACACGCCAAGCAGGAGGAGAUCGAGAUUGACUUCCGGGAGCUGGUCGAGAAGAACUUUUCGCGUCCAAUGAGGCUGUUGUUCCAGGAGCCAAUAGUUCUCCUUCUCUCUAUUUACAUGUCAUUUGUCUAUGGCAUUCUUUACCUCUUCCUGACGGCCUACCCCCUGGUCUUCGUCGGCGUCCACGGCUUUAAGUCGAGCAGCUCCGGACUGUGCUUCUUCGGCAUGAUCAUCGGCGAACUGAUCGCAGGUGUCGUCGUCCUGGCCCAGCAGCCCUGGUACCAGCGAAAGCUCACAUCAAACAACGGCAUCCCCAUCCCCGAGUGGCGUCUUCCCUCCGUCAUCGCCGGCGGCGUCGCCUUCAUGGGCGGCAUCUUCUGGUUCGGCUGGACCGGCUACAGGGCCGACAUCCACUGGAUCGUCCCCACGGCCUCGGGCCUCCUGACCGGCUUCGGUCUCAUGUCCAUCUUCCUCCAGAGCAUGAACUACCUGGUCGACGCCUACCUCUUCUUCGCCGCCAGUGCCAUCGCCGGCAACACAUUCAUGCGGUCGCUGUGCGGUGCUGGAUUCCCGCUCUUUGCUACCUACAUGUUCAACGGGAUGGGCAUCCAGUGGGCCUCCACGCUCCUGGGCUGUGUCGCCGCCGCCCUGGUGCCCAUCCCCGUGGUCUUCUACCUCUACGGCCACAAGAUCCGCGCCAAGAGCAAGAUCGCCCCGUCUUUCCCCGCCCCGCCCCGGGCAGAGGCCUCCGAGGACGCCGAGUCUGAGAAGGACAAGGAGCGGGCUGGUAAUGAUGCUGUCACGGCGGCUGUGCCGCGGAAAGAUGGCGACAAGGCCACCGAGGCAGUUUAAGGAUAAUAUGUCUCUGAAGAAGGCAUGUACGAACAAGGCAAAAAAAAUUAAGGGAACGGGUUAUGGGAAUGGUGUCCACGGAUAUGAGAUUAUGAGCUCAGCGGUCUGCAUUUUUAUUGAUAUCCACCCUAGUAUAUGUACAUAGAGCUUGGUGCAUUCGGCUUCGGCAUAGUAUGAGCUGACCAGCCAAUAAUGAUUAUAAAUCUAUAAUGUAUAAGUUGCAACUCA